UUACAUAAAAUGACAGACUGCAGUUGCUGUUAGGUAAUUCUGCUUUCACUUUGGACAUUGAGACGUACGAGAACUUCUUCCGAAAUGGACCGUGCUUGCAAAUGUGGUGAUCCCAAAUGCACCUGCACUACUGAGUGCAAGUGUGCUACGGGUGGCUGCCCCUGCACCAAGUGCAAGAAAUAGAUGCAAUAUAAAACGCAACCGACCAAAUACGGUUCCAUAUCAUUAUCCAUAUGAAGUUCAUCUGGUUUCCUCUACGAAGCCAGCGUCUGCAAUGUCAAUAAAUAUUUUGCCGUCUAAUUUUUGACGGAUGCUGACGUUUUGUUUCGGUUUCCCUUCUUUAUUCCGCUUGGAGUGCUACGAGCGUGUCUGGAUGCGCAAUGCAGAUGCGCAGUAGGAGUGCGUGAACCUUGUCGGGUUCAUUUCUGUGAUCGCGGAAAGGCUGUUUCCGCGAUAAACUACCCGAAACUCUAUGCUUGUGGUGCACAGUGCCGUAUAGUUCACCGUUCGCCCGCCCUGUUUUCGUCCUGAUGUUUUGUGGUGAACUUAGCUGUUACCAUGAACUCUCUCGAAAAUAGGGGCCCUCUCACGAUAGAGAACUCGCUUGUGUCAGAAUUUGGUAAUCUGACCUUUGAAGACGGUGAAGCCAUUCCACCAGGAGGGGAUGAUGGCCAGGUGGGAGAUCUCCUCCUUUUCGACACUAACCUCAACCGACCACUUACGGUGAAGAGCCGUUCGAGUUACGCUCAGCUCGGUGUUCAUUCCAUGGGCAUUGACCUAACUCGGAGCCCUCUCAUUGAGCCUCCUCCUCCUGCUGAGAACACUCCUGCUUUGAACAAUUUUGACUUGACCACAACAGGGGACCUCUUUACUAACAACAACAGCAACAACAUGGGAAAGAGGGUGACAACCAACACUGGAUUUCUAGACUAUUACCGCCUGCUGGAAUCGGCAGUCCAGCAACGCAGGGCUGGGGAAGAGUUGGAAACCGAGGAAGAUUCUAACCGUAACCGCCGCCUGACCAAGUCUGAAUGGAACUGCUCCUCUGAGAAGGAGCAGGACGAAUCAGAAGAGCCACUCCUCCCACCUGCGUCACCGUUGAUGAAGAGGGCAGAAGAUAUUGGUGAAGCAGAGGCAGAUUCAUUGCUUCCGCAAGGAUGGGAACGCCACUUAGAUGAUGAUGGACCCUACUAUUGGCACAUCAGCAGCGGCACCAUCCAGAGGGAGCCACCUACUUUGCCUGGCUGUGGGGGUACCAGCCAUGUCCCCAGGCAAAAGCAGCAGGCACAGCGACGUUUGUCAGAAAACCUAGACGUGGUAACAAAGUGUGCUGCCCCUAAGGAGCCUUUCUUUGACAAUGACAAGCAAGUAAAACGACAGAGUUAUCCCCAAAUAGGUAGCAGUUUGGAUGAGGACGAGGGUAUUGGAGCAGGUACCAUGCCACUGCGGUUUGCUGUACGUUCUUUGGGCUGGGCAGAGGUCCCAGAAGAGGAUCUCACCCCUGAACGAUCAAGCAGGGCUGUGAAUCGCUGCAUCGUAGAUCUCUCUCAGGGGCGUGUCAGGGGUGCACAAGGAAAUCAAGGCGGCAUCUUGGACGGGGUGGGUCGCUGGGGGGAAGGUAGAGACCUGCUCCUGGAGCUUGAUGGCAACCAACUGCGACUGCUGCGGCCCCGAGACUCUGCUGUGUUACACUGUCAGCCCCUGCAUGCUAUUCGUGUCUGGGGAGUAGGACGGGACAACGGACGGGACUUUGCAUAUGUGGCGCGCGACCGUACCACACGGCGCUUCAUGUGCCACGUAUUUCGCUGCGACAUGCCUGCACGAAUCAUUGCAAACGCACUGAGGGAUGUCUGCAAGAAGAUGGUUGUGGAAAGGAGCCUAAUUGCCGAGUCCCGAGCACCCAGAACAACAUCUGUUUCCAGCGAAACUGGGUCGGAAGGCAGGGUGUCCCCCACGAGGCACUCUCCAACAGAGCACAGCAGCAGCCCUGUUUCCCUUGAAGAAGUAGAGUUCCCAACACCCAUGGAGGAGCCACGUAAAGUUUUACGUGCACGGUACCUCGGUGCUGUUCCCGUCACUAAGCCCUCAGGAAUGGAAAUCCUGAAUGGUGCCAUUGAUGCCUUGAUUGCAACAGUGGCCAAGGAUCGCUGGCUACCUGUACAGGUGGCUGUGGCGCCAUCGACAGUGACCGUCACUCUUGAUGGACCUCCCGGGGCGCGUGAAGUCUUGGCAGAGUGUCGCGUUCGUUUCUUGUCCUUCUUGGGCAUCGGAAAACACGUCAAGAAUUGUGGCUUUAUAAUGCGCACGGCGCAGGACCAGUUCAUAGCUCACGUUUUUCACUGUGAUCCGUCAUCGGGUGCUCUUUGCAAGACCAUAGAGGCAGCCUGCAAGCUUCGGUACCAAAAGUGCUUGGACGCCCACCAAAGGAUUUCGGGCAAAAAGAACAUGGAACCACAGCAGCAGGCUGGGACCCUUUCGACAGCACUGAAAAGCGUGAUUGGGACACUGGGCACUCGCCUGGCAAGCUUCAACCGUCAAGCAUCAGCGCAGCAAGCAUCCUGAAGGCCCUGUGGCGCUCCUCCACCACUUCAACCUUCCUGCUUAUACUUCGCCUCAGUGGUUUGUCUCCUCUGGCACCGACAAGUUGUCGCAUGGAAAGCGACGCAUUCGUCUCCUCACCCUCACUCAAAAUUGUAGCAACGUCGCUGCUUUGGCACUGCCUGCAUCUGAGCACCAUUUUCCUUCUGCAGAGGACUGUGCGUCUGUAUGAGCAUUACUAUUUUUUAAAUACUUGAUGCAAGCUUCAUGUAAGCGACAGGGAGAGAGUGCGAUAGUGCUUCUGCAGAAUGGCCCUGCAGUGUUUUGACAGCGUGAAUUGUAGUGCCCCGAAGCCAAGAGCUGUGCUGUUCAUUUUUGUCGUAUGAACACUGGACACUGGAAGGAAGGUUGGACAUGUAAUUCACCGAGAUGUGCUUUUAGUGUAUCGUUAUUUUGAGUGCUCGCAAAACUGCACGCUCUUUUUUUAAUGUGUACGAGUCUUUAUGCCUAUAUCUGUAUAGAACUUUUUUGAAAUCACAUAUUUUUAACGUGAAACUUGUCGUCACACCUAUAUAUUUUAAGUGGUGAAUGCUAUUUAAGCAACCCCACCAGUCUACCGCAUAUAUUCGAACAUACACUUCGAACGCCACUGUUUUGACAUUGUCCUCCAUGGCAGAAAAAAAAAAAAAAGAGAGUGGCAUAAUCUUUAGGCACGAAAGGCAUUAAAUAUGAAUCUCUCGUAGAUUAAGUAGCAUACAGUGGGCAAAAAGAGUGGCAUAAUCUUUAGGCACGAAAGGCAUUAAAUAUGAAUCUCUCGUAGAUUAAGUAGCAUACAGUGGGUUACCUUAUGCAAGUUUGUGUGGAUGUCACACGCACAUCUGUGUGUUAGUCGUGUGUCAAUCCCUACUGUGGAAAUAAGAACGCACCAGAAAUUCUCGGAAGGUGUGUUUCAAAUGUACACUUGGUUGCAGUGUAAGUUCAUAGUUCCCGUCUGAUAUCCAGCGUAUGAAAAAAGUGCCACGUGUACUCUAGUUAAUGUUUUUUUAUUUGUUGAAAUAUGCGCAGCUAAGGAUGGUAUUCUCGCUGUUAUGAUGCAUCUUAGAGUGUGCUAGUAGGUAUGAUAACACAUCACAGUAGUUAGCCAGGUAAAGCUACACGUGCAAUAGUGAAACAUUAGCAGGUACUUACAAAUUCCAAACAUUUUGUUAAGCUUCUUGCUGUACUGUACAAAUAUGACAUUGUGCUAGGACAAAAUUGUUAUGUUGCUCAGGGACUGACUACAAACAGGAAAGAUAUUUUUGUCAAAAAUAUUUGCACACGGACACCUGAUGUGACACGUAUGAAGUGGGGGCUAGUGUUAUAUGUGCUAGUGUUUAUACGAAUGUUUAGUGACUGUCUUCGGAACACUGGCUCCUCAAACCUAUCUAAUCUGACUGCAGCUUCUACACUGUACAAAACAUAAUUUAUUUCAGCAUGAUGAAGCAGAAUCUGUCAAAGAUCAUUCUAAAAGAAAAUUUGAUUCGCUUUUUAAGAUGGAAUUUGUUAAGAAACAAAUGCACUGUAGGUAUCCGGGAUUCCUGCUGCAUAAGUGUGCGAAGGAAAACUCUGCAAAUGCUAUUCGAAAGCAAAUUUUGAAUGAAAUUUUGAAUAUCUGGUUGGACAAAGCGUUACUCGAAACCAUUUCCAACAUUGAAGCACUAUUUGUUCUGUGUUCGGAACGUAUUGAAAUUGUUUACCAUUCUCGUAAGUGUUACGUUCUUUUCUACAUAUUCUUAUUCUCAUUAGAAGCCCUACUGAGCCCUACAGAGAUAGAGAGACGUGAUGUGUAUUUACCUGCUGAAUUUUGCACCAAAGAAAUCGAGACAGCAAAAGCCAUAACUUGCAUUAAAGGGGUUGCGACACUUCGUCUCAAGCUAUUCCGGAUAAAUGUAAAAUGCAAUUAUUUGUAUCAGUGUGAACCUGCAUUCCAAGUUUUACAGCAAGAGGGGCAAUAGACGUGUAGAAAACUGGCACUGCGAAUACUGAAGCUCAUGUGGCUCUAACAGCACCACCUAGAUACAGACUGCCUCCUCUCCCUCCUUCCUUACGUGGUCACAUUACCGCGAUUCGCCGUUCUGCGAAUUCAAGAACUCAAACAAUUGCAGCUAUUUUCACAAAUUUGAACCUGUAGAUUAAAAGUGCCACAGGCUUUCUGCAAAAUUAGUCUUGAGAAAAAUAUGGAACCGUAUUGAGCUUUUAUUUUGUUUUCCCAUUUAGUACGUGGCAGGGUGUCGAACCGAAACGUUUUUCGUUCCGGUUUUCGUUCCGGUUACAUCAUAAACAAUCCGGUACUGGUUCUGCUCCGGAGCAAAAAAAUAACGGUUCAUACCGGUUUUUAACCGGUUCCGCUUCUACUGGGAAUAUUCAUCCCCACAAAAACAAAACAAAAUGUAAAUGUAAUGUUACAAAAUGUAAACCCGUUUAUUCCGCAUACAUGGUAUUUAAUAUUAAUAGACAGCUGUGAAAUUGGUAGCUCCUGGUCCCUGUAGGUUACUGUCUGUUCAAAUGGGUUUUCUCCUUUCUUGAAGCACGUGCUACAAACGGACUUGUUUGUCGUGAUGUCAUACGUAAAGUACUUUCUUGCUGGAUUGGAGCGAUCGCGUUCCAUCCGAAUGUCUGUUGCUACUGUCUAGCCAGCAAGCAUCACCGCACGAGUAGGACGCAAAUCGAGGAACACCUUCACUCACAAAUGCGCUCGACGGCUCCGUUUUAUUUUCUUCGUGUCCUGUCCACAAAAGAGUUGCCACUUCGCACGGGCUUGCCCUCGCAUAUACGUAAACGUAUUCAACUUAGCUGCUCUCCAACAAGGGACGCGUUGCGCGACAUUACCGAUAAAGAAGCCGUUAUGCAGCCCCCUUGGGUCGCUGUUUAGUUGAGGAGAGUUUGCGGGGAUCAAAUUAAAACGAACACUACGGCAAUUGCUAGAGAGUCACAUGUACCUCUAAGUCUGUGUGCGUGCGCGAAUGAUAAACCAUUACAAAGGGAGCCUAAGGGUCAUAGUAUACCGACAUACAUUCCACUGUAACCGUAACCCUCGUAUAGUAUCCAUGACAUGACUUCAGAGCACACGACGUCUGCUUCAUUCGCCUAUCCGUAGUCCAAGCCGAUGAAGUUUUUUCUUGGACUGAAAACCGUUAAAUAUAUUUUUCGGUUUCCCUCCUGAGCGAAAAAAACGUAUAUGGUUUCGAUUCCGCUCCAGUUCGCACUUCGUAUUGUAGCGUUUUUUUUCGGUUUUCGGUUCUAAUUUUCGGUUCGCUCCAACACCCUGGUACGUGGGGACGUUCACUACUCGCAGACGACAGUGGCCGCCCAUGCGGCUGAUGGUGGCUCGUCUCCAUGGCUACAGCCGCUGAAAGCAUGUUCGUGGUUGGCUAGGGACGUUGAAAACACAGUCCUGAUUGGCUGACUCUAGUUGUUACGUCACGUUGACAAGUAAGUCUAGGUGGUGGUGGCUCUAACGUCGCAGCUGGCGUCUCUGCCAGUGAGGAAGGGGAAGAGAGGUGACGUGCUUAUGACUACGAAUGGGAAUGGCCGGUGCUGUGAUGUCAGAGCUUGAUGAGUGCGUGUGUUUAAGUGUUUAUAUCGUGCUGAAUACUGCACGUAGAAAAAUUAUUCGUUUUUCCUCUAUGCUGUAGUGCGCAAUACAAUGUAAUGAACCACAUCUAUCAAAGUGUCACAACCCCUUUAAUCUCAACAAAAAUACAGUGGACUCUCGCUAAUUCAAACUCAGAUAUUUCAUACUUUAGGUUUCGGUUAACAGAUUUCAAAUUUUUUUUAGCCCACUCUGUUUUCAAUGUAUGGAAAAGCCGCUUCAUUCAAAAGGCUUUCGCCUAAUUCAUGCUCCUUGUUCCCUCAUAAAAUUAUCCUUGUGCGCAUUGGUGACCCACCUUUGAACAGAUUGCACAUCUCUGGAUGUACAGAUCACAACAAAAGUUUACGGAACACCAGAGUGACUUAUUUCUUGAUCGGAGCGACACCCUGGCAGUGAACAGGAGUGGACGCUCCUACUGAGAGGUGCAUGGAAUAUCCAGCCACCUAUCUGUAAGUCUCUCUGCUCCCGUUUGCUGCAAAGAUAUCACUCCGAUGACUAUACACGCCACUCCGGUGUUCCGUAAGCUUUUGUCGGGAUUUGAACCAAUCUGCUAAAGAAGGGUCUCGUAAGCAACUGUUUGCUAUGACUGACACUUGUCUUGUGGACUCUUGUAUUGACUAAGCAGUCAACAACAGAUAAGUUUGCUUUAGAUUCCUCUCCGUUUGCAGACUGUUGAGCAAGUAAACGUGGUAACAGACCUUUUACCAGUAUUUUAUGUGUGUCCCUACUUACAGUCAGGAUUGCAUAGAGGAGAGGUUAAAAAUUUGCUUUGUAUGUGCAGCUACCCAAGUAACAAACUAAUUUUGUCUCACAAGAAAUCCAGAUGAAUUUGUGGUAAUUGAAACUUGGGAUAAUUCAAACAAAGACCUGUGGUUCCCUGAAGUUUGAAUUAACGAGUGUCUCCUGGGUAUUGGUAAUGCAUUACAUUGUAAUCUGUGCAGUUGUCGGACAGAAAAAUUUUCUUCAGGCCUCAAUGUUCAACUUUGUUCUGUAUGUUUAACGAAUUACUUAUGAUCAGUUAAUCAGCUCGUGAAAUUAUUUAUUUCUAAGUCUGUGGCUUGUGCAGAAAUGUUGCUAAAUUCAAGAGAGAGAUUUUCUUCAAAUUUGUGGAUCAAUUUUUUGUAUCUCUCACUCUAGUGAUUGGUGCAAAAGGGGGCAGUUUGUACACUUCUAGUAGUUUCCAAUGAUAGGUAUAGUAUGAUUGUCCGGCUAAACCCUUACACUACAUUCCUGUUUGGAAGGCAGAGAAACUUGUACGAUUCAGGAAACGUAUCACCCGGUCUUCCUUUAUGUAUGUUGACAUUCAAAGAUGACACUAGGUAACACCAUUUCAUGGCGGAUUAGAAAUAUUUUUUUUAUCGGGCAUUCGCUUUCUGGAAAAAGUGUUAAUGUAGCAUUCGAAGCACGCUCGAGUCAUGCCAUGAAGCUUUACAAUACACAAUGCUGCUCUAAGAAAGAUGAGCAUUGUCUUUGCUUUCUUCCAGCGCUACAUUUGCAGUCAGUACUGUAGUGCUUAGUAUACCCCCUCCUAUCAUGCUAUAUUUUUUAAACUGAGCAUAACGUGGUGUAGUGAACAAAAGGUUUGUGUCUACUUUUUGAGACGUGGUAUGAAAUAAUGCACAAUGAUUUAUUUAUUUUAUUUUUUCUGCUUGCAUUGUGCAGCAGUUUGUACUGUGUAUUCUUAUACUGUGGCAGCGUGCAUAAAAGCCUGAGAAUCCAUCGAGUUUCACUGCAUAUCCAAAGAAACAUUUUAGGAAGAAAAAAAAAAGAAAAGUGGUGCAAAUCAAAGUGCCGUGAAUGACCAGCUCUGAAGAGUAAUAUGUUGAACAUUCAAAUAUUUCUCAAAACCUAUUUUUGAAGGAUAAGAUGGGAUGUUGGCAGGCAAGCUAAUGGACGAUGUCCAUGCUGAGAUAUGUUGAGCUAUGGGCCAACAGAAAACAAUACAGUGUUGUGUCAUUUUUCUGUUGUGCCCGUACAUGAAAACAUUAUCCAUUCAAAUAGGUAUCGGUAUGUAUGAAAACAUGGAACGUCAAAUUUGAGAAUCUGUAAAAACCAUGGGAGAUUGUUGCUGAAGUCAUGGCUGUUUCUGACAGUUAAGUGCAAUAUAUUUUUGUGGCCUUAUCAUUCAAAUGACCCCAAUGGGACCCAUUGAAUUUCACUCUUGUUAGGAAUUAGCUGUCAAGUUAGUUUGGUGUCAGGUGGAGAACUCAGUUGACUGCUGCUUAUAAUUGCCAUUAUGGGAGGCUUCCAAUGCUUACUGUGUUAUGAAUUUGGAGAGGACAGUUGGCAUUAUUUGUUUUGUCUUGCAAUGAAUUCAAAGCAUCUGUGCGAGCUGGACUGAUCUGCAUAGAUAUUGUUUCAUGUUUAGUUGUCGCUUUUUAUGGCAGUAUAAUUCUGUGCCCAGUGCUACUUCAAAAACUAUUUCUACACUCAACGAUGAUUUAAGUAUAGGUGGGUUGCUUUUCAAAAUUUAUUUUAGUAUUACCAGUGGUGCUCAUGGAGAAUUAGUGCUUUAAUUCAAAUGGCUUUUGUUUCAGAGCACUUUGCAAAUGACAGAGUACUAUUUCGUGACAUAAUUCCAUCAGACACAUGAAUGUAAUUACUGGUAAUUUAAUAAAAGCAUUCGACUGAGGAAAGAAGGCUGUAGAAGAUGAGUCCACAUUUCUACUGUUCCCAAAUUUGGUCAGAAGCAAGUACCUGAUUGUUCACAUCAGAUUUGUGUGGCUUGAUAAAAAUUAUGAUUUUUUUAUACCAUCGUUGGCGCUUCCACAGGGAUUUAAAGUAAUUUAACUUAGACAUUAAAAAUAAAAUGAAGUGACAAUAGUUUUGAACUUGGCACAUGCAUUGUAAGCAGCCGACAGAAAAAAAUGCAAACGAUGCCAAGAAAAGCUUUGCUGGGACUGUGUGUGCUGCUUUUGAAACAUGCAGAAAGCAUGAUGUGUAUAUGUAUUAAUUCUUGUAUUUAAGAGGGCAAACCUAGUGAAAUGUAAUUAGUUUGUUGAACUUGUCUUUGUUCCAUAGCCAUUUCUUUAAUACAAGCGACAGUUCUACAUAACUGAGGCUAUCAUGAAACUAGUUUGGCUACUGAACACAGAUUCCGCACUUUGCUGCUGUUGUGCCAGAAAGCAUCAAAUCAAUCAAUCAACAGAUUCCACAACACAACUUGUGCAGGUCAUUUCCAGAGCUUGUUGUGUAUAUAAGAUUAAGAUUAACAAGGAGCCAAAUCAGAUUUGCAUCCAUCCAGGAGUAAUUCUGUUCCAAGUUAUAUAACACAUUCAGUUCUAUCACGCAGCAUACUUGUCAGCAUAUGCACCACUUGACUGCUCAGUGAGUUAGCUGUACAUAUCGCUGUCACGUACUCUUUUCUGUUUAAAAGCACUGACCUAGCCAAGUGGUGCUUAGUGCUGAUGAAUAUGCCUUUAUUGUUGUGUAAGAGUAAUUGCCUAAAAAAUGUACACAAUGUUCAAACAGCACACUAGGCUUCUAUCACUAUCUACCAGGCGCUUUAAAACAGACUAAUGGCAUACCGAAAUGUGUAUUUGGCGGCACUAGUCUCACUGCCUACCCAGUUCAUAACCUCUUGCUUGUUUCAGUUUGUGUAGCUUGUUCAUGGUAGUCUGCAGUAAAUGUUACUCUGCCAUAUGCCUGUACUCUUGUGGUUGCCAAGUUCUAGGCGAUAAAACUUGCUGUGCGGGGUUGCUGGAAUGCUUCAUUAACAGCAUCUUUGUGUAUCUCCACUGCAUAUCAAGGUCCCGCUGCUGCUGUAGAUGUAAGCUCACUGUAGGCUGUAGGAAAGUAACAUGCUUGCUCAUUGUAUGUGUCGCGGUUGUUGCAAUACCUAAUGGAAUGUUUGAGUAGUAGAACCUGCUGUGGAUUCUGUUUCAGGAGCUAGACUGCACUCAGUUUUUGAUGCAAAUACAGCAAAAGGCUGAGGCACUGUAUCACCCGUAUACAGCCAGACUUUCAAUAAAUAUAUGAGGUUAGCUGCCUGUAUAUGGCACAGAUGUGCACCCGAGUGUGUUUGAUGGCUUAUAAUUAUGCUUCAACCUUCAACAGAAAUGUGCGCAUUAGCGUUAUGCAAAUGUGCUUCGUAGGCAAUGUGAUACGCGAGUUAGUAUACAGUGCAUGUAUGGCUGUCAAGAAUUGGAAUUCAGUCAAACUUCUACUUGACAAAAUGAAUACUUUUGUGAGAACCAUUCCAAUCAAUGCUGUUCCUUACCUUAGUACCACCAAAACUAUCUAAUAGUAGGCAUCCUCUAAAAUGCAUUGUUUUACCAGCAAAUGAAUUAUGGUUAUGUCUUGGGUUAUAAGUACUUGCUUUGAAGUUCGUAGAUAUUUUAUAAAGAUGUAAUGGCACACAGUAAUAACAUAAUAAAGUGAGCCUUUUCACUUGCAA